UUGAUCAUUUUUGAUUCAAAUUCUUCAAAUGUUUGUGAAGAGUUUCCAUUUCCUUUGGAAGGUUUUGGUGCAUUUGCUUUUGUUUCCUCUUCUAUCUCCUCUGUAUUUUGUAUUUUUGCUCCAUCAAAUGUGUCCAAAUUGCCCCCUUCUUGUUUUUUCUAUUGUUUUGAGGCUUUUUUAUUUCUGUGCUGUUUGCCAUCUCUUUCUGAGUGAGGGGGGCUGGCUCUUCUGUUAUCUGUCUGAUGUUCAGUGGCUUUAGCCCCAGGCAAAUUGUCUGUCUUCCCAAGGAAGCCCGGAAUUGCUGGUGUUUCGUUGUUUUGGUGUUACUACCCUCCUCAGUUCCCUCCCAAUGCUUCUCUGUUGCCUUACUUCUACGCUCUGCCCCUGGAUUGACACUCUCAGAUGUAUUUCAAUGCCUUUGCUGACCAGAGGAGCCUGCACUCUGAAGGGGAGGGGCCGUGGAUUCCAGGAGCUCCAAGGGCUGGUGAUAGGAUUAACCUCAGACUGAGUAUGCCCUGAGGCAGGGCCCUUCGGUGAGACUCAGAUGGAAGGAUCUGGUCAGGGGGCUACAGGUUCUCCCAGUCUCUCUCUGUUUCCCUGCUGUAUGGGUGCCCCAGCAACUGGGUCAGUUUGUUUUCAGGGUGCGGCCUUCAGAAUAGCCAGCUCCUGAGGCCCUUUUGCCUGCCCUGAGGUUCCUGCUGCUGCCUCUGAUUCAGUGCUCUGGGUUGGGGGAGAUGGGUCCUGGGACCUUCCUUCUGCCUACCCCUUAGAUCUGAGUGAUCUUGGAUUCUGCCUUUUGGGGGACCGUACCCUUUGAUCCAGGUCCAGGAGGAAUGUUCCUGGGGUCUAUUCUGUUGUUUGUUUUGAAUUCCAGUGCCCUAGGAGCAUUCAGUUUGAGAUCGGUAAGGAAGGGUUUCUGGAGCUUUGAACUUUAGCUUUCUCUAAGCUGCCAUCUUGACUGGAAGUCCUGAGGUGCUAUUUAACUCAUACAUAUUCAUUAUCAAUAUUAUUUUCAUUGUCCAUUAUACCUCUAAGCAUAAUGACAUUUUAAUUUCUCUUUUAACCAUAAUUAUUUUUAUUGUUGCCUUGUCUGUUUUCAAAAUAGCUACCUCUCCUUUUUUUUAGGUCAUUUGAGUUCUCAUAAAUUCUGUUUUAGCCCCUCAUUUUAACUACAUGUGAAUUUAUUUUGUUUCUAUUGUAAUUUUGUAGAUAACAUGCUUUCGGGCUCAAAACUAUGGAACACUUUAUGCAUUUUCAUGUCAUCUUUGCCCAGGGGCAAUGCUAAUCUUUUCUGCAUCAUUCCAAUUUUUAAUAUAUACUGCUAAAACAAGCAUCCAUUUUCUUUUUCCUAUAUUCAAGACUCCACUAAUUAUCUGCCUCUAACCCAUGUACAUAUCCUGAGAUAGCAGCUGCUUGUUUCCCUGAUGGAUUUGUGCAAGUUGAGGAAACGGAGGCGAACAGAAACUGUGUGACUUGCUGGAUUUAUAUCUUGGAGUGGAGAAUGGGGCGUCUGCACUCGUUGCUACGGGACCAGCAACUGGAUUUAGGAUUCCGUGAGCGUGGGCGGCGAGGCAAGAAGGUCCAAGUCUAAAACCAUGAUCCAGGAUCCUCGGAAUGCAUCAGCGCCCCGGUCUCCUAGCAACCAAGGAGGCCCACAACUCAAGGAAGUCUUCCUUUCCACGGCUGCGCAGUAGCCGGAGCCCUGCUAUUCUCCCAAUCUUCAACUGCCUUCACCCAAUUAGGGAGAAGAGGCGGGUGUUGGCCGGCUGCCGUGGAGCAUGCUGGGUAGUGUCCAUAGUUCCUGUUGCUAAGGCUGUAGACGUGGGCACCGGAGUUUUCUCGUGUUCGGGUGUGCUGUAACUUGGGCGCUAAGGAAGAGAUGGUGAAGCAAACCAUUCAGAUCUUCGCGAGGGUGAAACCCACCAGCCGGAAACAGCCUCAAGGGAUUUACUCCAUAGAUGAAGAUGAAAAAGCAAUAUCCGCAUUGGAAAUAAUCUUACCACGUGACUUAGCAGAUGGAUUUGUGAAUAAUAAGCGAGAAAGCUACAAAUUUAAAUUUCAGAAGAUUUUUGAUCAAGAAUCAAAACAAGAUUCCAUUUUUGACAUAAUCGCCAAACCUGUUGCUGAAAGUGUUCUGGCUGGCUAUAAUGGCACUAUCUUUGCAUAUGGACAAACGGGCAGUGGCAAGACUUUCACUAUCACUGGAGGAGCUGAGCGUUACAGUGAUAGAGGCAUCAUUCCAAGGACCCUAUCAUACAUUUUUGAGCAAUUACAAAAGGACAGCAGAAAGAUGUAUACAACCCACAUUUCCUAUUUGGAAAUCUACAAUGAAUGUGGUUAUGAUCUGUUGGAUCCAAGACAUGAAGCCUCCAGUUUAGAAGAUUUGCCGAAGGUGACAAUAUUGGAGGACCCUGAUCAGAACAUUCAUCUGAAAAAUCUGUCUCUUCAGCAGGCAGCCACUGAAGAAGAAGCUUUGAAUCUUCUCUUCUUGGGAGAUACAAACAGAAUGAUUGCAGAGACUCCUAUGAACCAGGCUUCUACUCGUUCCCAUUGCAUUUUCACUGUUCAUAUCUCAAGCAAGGAACCAGGGUCUGCCAUUGUCCGUCGUGCCAAACUCCACUUGGUUGACCUGGCUGGUUCAGAGAGGGUCGCAAAGACUGGAGUUGGAGGCCAGCUUCUAACAGAAGCCAAAUAUAUCAACCUUUCCCUUCACUACUUAGAACAGGUUAUAAUUGCCCUUGCAGAGAAACACCGAUCCCACAUUCCCUAUAGGAACUCCAUGAUGACCAGUGUACUGAGGGACAGCUUGGGAGGAAACUGCAUGACAACCAUGAUUGCUACGCUGUCAUUAGAAAAAAGGAACAUAGAUGAAUCUAUAUCAACUUGCAGGUUUGCCCAGCGAGUGGCCCUCAUAAAGAAUGAAGCUGUUCUCAAUGAAGAGAUUGACCCCAGGCUGAUUAUUGGGCGUUUGAAAAAGGAAAUCCAGGAAUUGAAGGAUGAACUGGCCAUUGUCACUGGAGAACAGCGAACACAACAGCUCUCACAAAUGGAGCUCGAUAAAAAAAACCAUAACAAAGUUCAUUUGGAAGAAGAAAGGAUCAAGGAUAUAAAGGGAAACAAUGAAAAAAAUACAAAGGAAUGGGGGCUUGCAGUCCCAGAUCUCAGACUAUAUUAUAAAGCAGCGGUCAUCAAAACAAUUUGGUACUGGCUAAGAGACAGAAAGGAGGAUCAGUGGAAUAGACUCGGGGUAAGUGACCUCAGCAGGACAGUAUAUGACAAACCCAGAGUACCCAGCUUUUGGGAUAAAAAUCUACUAUUUCAUAAAAACUGCUGGGAAAAUUGGAGGACAGUGUAGGAAAGAUUAGGUUUAGAUCAACACCACACACCCUACACCAAGAUAAAUUCAAAAUGGGUGAAUGACUUGAACAUAAAGAAGGAAACUAUAAGAAAAUUAGGUGAACACAGAAUAGUAUACAUGUCAGACCUUUGGGAAGGGAAAGAUUUUAAAACCAAGCAAGACUUAGAAAGAGUCACAAAAUGCAAAAUAAAUAAUUUGGAAUACAUCAAAUUAAAAAAUUUUUGUACAAACAAAACCAAUGUAACUAAAAUCAGAAGGAAAUCAACAAAUUGGGAAGCAAUCUUCAUAAAAACCUCUGACAAAGGUUUAAUUACUCAAAUUUACAAAGAGCUAACUCAAUUGUACAAAAAAUCAAGCCAUUCUCCAAUUGAUAAAUGGGCAAGGGACAUGAACAGGCAGUUCUCAGCCAAAGAAAUCAAAACUAUUAAUAAGCACAUGAAAAAGUGCUCUACAUCUCUUAUAAUCAGAGAGAUGCAAAUCAAAACAACUCUGAGAUAUCACCUCACAUCUAGCAGAUUGGCUAACAUGACAGCUAUGGAAAGUAAUGAAUGCUGGAGGGGAUGCCUCAAAGUAGGGACACUAAUUCAUUGCUGGUGGAGUUGUGAAUUGAUCCAACCAUUCUGGAGGGCAAUUUGGAACUAUGCCCAAAGGGCGAUAAAAGAAUGUCUGCGCUUUGAUCCAGCCAUAGCACUGCUGGGUUUGUACCCCAAAGAGAUAAUAAGGAAAAAGACUUGUACAAGAAUAUUCAUAGCUGCACUCUUUGUGAUGGCCAAAAACUGGAAAAUGAGGGGAUGCCCUUCAAUUGGGGAAUGGCUGAACAAAUUGUGGUAUAUGUUGGUGAUAGAAUACUAUUGUGCUAAAAGGAAUAAUAAAGUGGAGGAAUUCCAUGGAGUCUGGAACAACCUCCAGGAAGUGAUGCAGAGCAAAAGGAGCAGAACCAGGAAAACAUUAUACACAGAGACUGAUACACUGUGGUACAAUCGAAGGUAAUGGACUUCUCCAUUAGUAGCAAUGCAAUGUCCCUGAACAAUCUGCAGGGAUCUAAAAAACACUAUCCACAAUCAGAAGAUAAACUGUGGGAGUAAAAACACCAAUGAAAAGCAACUGCUUGACUACAGGGGUGGAGGAGAUAUGACCAAGGAGAGACUCUAAAUGAACACUCUAAUGCAAAUACCAACAACAUGGAAAUGGAUUCGAAUCAAGAACACACCUGACACCCAGUGGAAUCGUGCUUCAGCUAUGGAGGGGGGGGGGUGAGGAAAAGAAAAUGAUUUUUGUUUCCAAUGAAUAAUGUUUGGAAAUGACCAAAUAAAAUAAUGUUUAUUUAAAAAAAAAAGAAAAUGAACCACUGUAGUUUCAUCCCUUAACAUUGUCUUUGGGCUAUUAAAAUGAAGGAAUAAAAAUGAGAGGAAUCCAUAUAAUAAGAGAAAAAGGCAGAUGUUAGCAGUAUUCUGGAUUUCUACAUGUGUUGAUUAUAAGAAUUUAAGGAUUACAUAGAUGAGUGGAUUUAUAUUACAGCUGUUUGCUAUAUUAUAGUUAUGUGAUUUUAAAGGAGCACAUGACAUGAAGACACUGAAUAAUGGACUUAGCUGAGACCUCUAAUUAAAGAUAUAGAAAAGUUUAUUAUGAUUCAA